GACGUGAAUUCUACCUUGCAUUCGGCAAACAAGAUGGUGUUGAAGACCAUGACGGAAACAAGGGUUGAGGAAGAGAUCCCCGACAGGAUAGCAUUGACCUUCAAGGAUCAAAAUAUUUUGAUCACCGGCGGUACCGGUUUUCUGGGAAAGGUCAUCGUUGAGAAGUUUCUCAGGUGUUUACCGAACACCAAACAAAUUUAUUUGCUCAUCCGACCGAAAAAAGGAAAGGAUCCGAAGCAUCGUCUGGAUGAAAUUUUCAACUCGGCGCUUUUUGAGAAAGUGAAAAAGCAAAGAGGCUUAACAGAGCUUCAUAAAGCUGUAACGGUCGUCAAUGGAGAUGUAUCAUUGCUAGAUCUUGGACUUUCCGCCGAAGACAAAAAGGUGCUUUGUGAAAAUAUCAACAUUAUAUAUCAUGGUGCUGCGACAGUAAGGUUCGAUGAGCUGUUAAAGAGAGCAGUACUGUUGAACACUCGUGGCACAAAGCAAAUGUUGGAGCUAGCCAAGGAGAUGAAACAGUUGAAGCUAUUCGCUCACAUCAGUACAGCAUACUGUCACCUGGAAGAAAAAGUCUUGAAGGAGAUACCUUAUCCACCUCCAGCAGAUCCUCACAAAAUAAUCAAAUGCGUAGAAUGGAUGGAUGACGAUGUUGUCGAAGCUAUGACGGAUAAGAUUCUAGCAGGACUUCCAAACACGUACGCCUUCACAAAAGCCUUGUCAGAAGGACUCGUCGAGGAAGCCAUGCCACACAUUCCAGCAAUUAUAUUGAGGCCGAGUAUAGUCAUACCUGUUUGGAAAGAACCGGUACCUGGAUGGACGGACAAUAUCAACGGACCGACAGGCCUGUUAAUUGGGGCUGGAAAAGGUGUUAUUCGAACAAUGUAUUGCAAUGAAAACGGUUACGCUGACUAUCUACCUGUCGAUAUUGCUGUAAACGGUAUUCUGGCCACUACAUUUAACUUCGUUUACGUCAAAGACCAUAAAAAGAGAGUAUACAAUCUUACAAGCAGUAGCGACUUCAAGGUGUCGUGGGCAGAAAUUAUCGAACUCGGCCGAAAGAUAACAGAGAGAGUACCAUUAAAUGGCGUUGUUUGGUACCCAGGUGGGAGCAUGAAGAAAUCAAGACUUUUGCACAAUAUAUGCUUUUUACUUUUCCACAUGAUACCAGCCUACCUCAUAGAUACACUUAUUUUCCUUGCAGGCUACAAACCAAUUAUGUGUCGUGUGCAACGUCGUAUACAAAAAGGCUUUCAAGUUUUCGAGUAUUAUGCUAAUAAUCAAUGGGACUUUGAGAACUCGAACAUAUUCGAAGUGAGAAAUCUGUUGAAUCCGGUGGAAUUCGAAAAGUAUCAAUUACACGGCGAUGACAUGAAUAUGGACGCAUACUUCGAAUCUUGCAUAAGGGCUGCGCGAGUUUUCAUUCUAAAUGAACCACCGGAAACACUACCGGCUGCUCGAAGACACAUGAGAGUCAUGUAUUGGGUUGAUGUAUUCACAAAGAUAAUUUUCUUCGUAUUCUUGAUCUACAUAUUGGCGUCUUGGAGUGAAAGCUUUAGGACGUUGUUGACGGGGUGCUGGUCGAUUGCCACACAGGCAUUGUCGCACUGAAUUACGUAGUGAUUAGUAUGUAACACUUCUAGUACCUUUACAUUGUAAUAUAACCAAAUAAACUAAGAAUGUUAGUGUUAUUAUCACUAUCCUGUUUGUAUUCAUUGAGUCUUAAUAAUAAAAUGUUAUAUAUAUCAUACGAAGAUAUUUUCAAUAACAAAU